GGUAGUGGAUAACAAACUUUGUGCAUAAUAAAGUAAUGAACUGAAUUGAAUGUUACGGAAACCGACACACGAUAUGAACAAAUAUUUAGUGCGACGUUCAAGAUAUUGUGAUUUAAAACGUUCGAAAGAUUAACACUAUAUGCGUAAAUCUUGAGUGUUAAGAACUGAUAUUAUUUCUAUAACAUAACAACAUUGGAUCUAAACAGAGUUAUGUCAUUAAAAAAUAUUUUAUGAUUAUAAUAGAUAUAACAGAUAGCUAUGUUUUAUAAGUUACGACUAUUUGAAUUUACUUAACAAUAAUAAGGAAAAUACAUAACAAAUAAAAGGAUUAAAAAAUGUCACAACAAACAGCUCUUGUACAAACUACCAAUACAGGAUCGGACAUAACACCUGUACUUGGCAGUUUACAAUCAAUAGGGCCAAAUACUCAGGCAUCGUCUAAUGUUCCUAAUAUACAGGGUGGUAAUACAGUGGUACAGAUAUUGCAGCCUCAGAAUCAGUCUCAGCAGGCACAGUUUGUAUCUCAAUCACCAAAACAAUCUGUACAACCAUCCACACAGCAGCAACAACAACCACAACAACACCAAAGUUCUUUUAAUGAUUUUCCUCAGUUUCUAACUAAAACACGAUUGCAAGAUCUUGUAAAAGAAGUAGACCCUACUGAACAGCUAGAUGAAGAAGUCGAAGAAAUGCUUUUACAACUGGCAGAUGAUUUUGUAGAAACAACUGUAAAUGCAGCAUGUUUAUUAGCUAAGCAUCGUCAUGCUAACACUGUAGAAGUGAAAGAUGUGCAAUUACAUUUAGAAAGAAAUUGGAAUAUGUGGAUCCCUGGUUUUGGUACAGAUGAGGUACGGCCAUACAAGCGAGCAACAGUUACAGAAGCACACAAACAAAGAUUGGCGCUUAUACGAAAAUCAAUAAAAAAAUAUUAGUCUUCCAAUGUUUUUCA